AUGGACUCAGAGGAGGAGAUGGGGUUAGAGACGAGCAUCAUCAGUGUCAUCAUUGAGGAGAUGAAGAACGACUGUCCUCAGAACGUGCCUACACCUCCCUCCAGGCAGCCCUGCAGAGCCCCCAGCGUCCCCGUGGCCCUCCCCGUGUCACUGGCCCUGGGGAUGCUCUGCUCCAGCCCCGCGUGCUCUCUGGGCUGCGAGCUGCCUGCGAGCGGCGGCAAUCUGGAAAGCUUCACGUGUUGGAGUCAGAUGGAGAGCGUGUCCACGGUGUCCUGUCUGAGGGACAGGACUGACAGAUCUCCUCAGACCCUGGAGGACGGCCAGGCUGAGAAGACAGAAGCCACAGCUGCUGUGCACGGGUUGCUCCAGCUGACCUCCCAGCUCUUCAGCACCUCGGGCUCCUCUGCAGGUCGGGACGAGAGCCUCCUGGACAGAUUCCUCGCGGGACUUGAUCAGCAGCUGGAGGAGCUGGACACGUGUCUGAGGGAGGGAAGGUCGACGGAACACUCACCUCUAGGGAGUGAGAACUCCAGAUUGGCUGGGAAGAGUUACUUCCAGCGAAUCAGUGUGUAUCUCAAAGAGAAAGAAUACAGCCGCUGUGCCUGGGAGGUUGUCAGCGCGGAAAUCAGAAGGUGUUUGGUCUUUGUCAACAAGCUCAUUGGAAAACUCAGCAAAUAA